GAGGAGAGAGAACAGGGAGAGGAGAGAGAGGAGAGAGAACAGAGAGAGGAGAGAGAACAGAGAGGGGGAUGAGUGGGGCCGACAUGGAAUCAGCCAUGAUCCAGAGCCGGGUGAGGAAAAACCCAGUUGGCCGUCCUAGAUCAUCCACAGACUCCCACAAACACCCUGACCCUAACCCCAGACUGCCUAGCCCUAACCUCAACCAUAUCCCUAGUCCAAGAUCCAGCCUCAACCCUAACCCUAGACCGCCCAACCUAUGCCCCAGCCUUAACCCUAACCCCAACACCAGCCCAAAACCCAGCCCUUACCCCAGACCCCCCAAGACCAAGGACCGGUGGUCCUACCUCAAGUCCCGAAGCUCCCCCAGCCUGAUCCAGAGGGAGAGUGGCCACAGUCCCCUGACAGCCAUGUCUGAGCCCCCCUCUGCAUUCCCCAUCACCCCCUCCAGCCCUCUGUACACCAACACAGACAGUCUGACUGUCCACACCCCCGCCAAGCGCAAACGAGGUCGUCCCAAAAAACAACCCCUGCUCACUGUGGAAACCAUCCAUGAGGGUACUUCCACCUCCCCCCUGAGCCCUCUGGCCCGGGACAGUCCCGCGGGGCUCAGCCGCAGGAAGAAGACUCACGCGCUAACCACACUAGCCCAAAUCGCAUCUGGUUCCACUAGCCCCAAUGCUAAUGGGUUGAAACUGAAGCGCAGUGAGAGUGGCCAUGUCAGGUCGGUGAAGAGGCUGAAGCUGGGGAAUGUGCAGAGCAUCCUGAAUGAGAUCCUAUCAGGCUCCAGCCAACAUGGCAGCCUGGCGCUGAAGUCCGCCUCGGCUCCCGUCUCUUCCACCAUGACGGCCAUGGCCUCUACCAUUGAGGCGCAUCUGGGGAAGCAGAUCAACGUCAGUAAGAGAGGAACCAUCUAUAUCGGGAAGAAGAGAGGGAGGAAGCCACGCUCCGACACCCAAACCCUUCCCCACAGAGGCGGGGCCAAGCCUCUUUUGCCUGUCCCCAUGUCCAGCCUGUACAACAGCCUCCUAGUGCCUUCCACCCUCCCUCCCAGCUCCACUACCCUCCUCCUCAGACCCAGUCACACCCUAUCCUCUCUGUGCCCCCCCGGCCCUCGCAGCACCUACUCUGACGCCACCAUGCCCAGCCUGCAGCCCAUCAGUACCCUGCCCUCUAAACCCCCAGGCAGGGGGCUACUGGGGGCCGGCUGGAAGCUGUCUCCCCCGCGCCUCCUGGCCAACUCCCCGUCCCACCUAUCUGAGGGGGCAGCGUCCGUCAAGGAGGUGACGCUGUCACCCAUCAGCGAAUCACACAGCGAGGAGACCAUUCCCAGCGACAGCGGCAUAGGAACGGACAACAACAGCACCUCUGACCAGACAGAGAAGGGAACUAACGCACGACGCAGAUACUCAUUUGACCUGUGUGGGUUUGAGGCUGCGGAGGCUGCAGUUCUGGAGGCAUCCAGUCGCGGCAGUAGGGGUCGCUGUGUGCGGCAGGCGGCAGUGGUGGACAACUUCCUGUCCCAGCAGGAGAAGAAGCAGAAACACCGCAGGAAGAGGAAGUGCCUGCAGAGCCGAGACCACCUGCACUUCCUGUCUGAGCUAGAAGAGGUGGUGGUGAAGCUGCAGCAGCUACAUGUGUCUCACCGACGGUACGCCUCCUGCUACCCCCAGCACCCCUACCCCUCCAUCUUCCGCCUCAAUUUCCACCACCACUACUACCCCCUGACCUACGACCCCUACCCCUGUGACCCCGCCCCUUACUUGCGCAGGACCGCCGAGCUCAAGGCCAAGAGGAGGCGCGGCCGGCCCGCCAAAGCCAGUGAGCCAAUCACGUCCAAGCUGCCUUUUGUCCAGGGGUUUGGGUAUCCACUUGCAGGGGGGAACUACUAUGCACCGUAUGCCAUGCCUUACGCCCCGCCUCUGAGCCUGGGCUACUACCCCCCAGCACCCCCCCUCUACCUGCCCCACCAUCCCCACGGCCCUUCACCACCCUCCCACUUCAUGAGGCCUGCCGUCCCCCCUCCUAAGUUCCACUCUGGGGGUCACUCCAAGCUCCAGGCCGGAGCCAAGCUACGGACGUCUAGCGGCCCACUACAGGGUUCCUCUGGUCGGGGAGAAGGACUGGGAUCCCUGGGCGGUGAUGGUGGUGGAGGUCUUGGAGGGGUGAGGCUCCACAAGAGGAAACACAAGCACAAACACAAGCACAAGGAAGAGACCCCCCUCCUCUCACCCCAUGACAGACAGGAGCUGGGCGGGCUCUUCAGUGGUGCCAAGACCAAUGGGCUGCUCAACCUGUUGACUGACAGGCGGGAGAUGAACAAUCCGAAGCGUCAGGAGAAGCAAAGGGGGGGUGGGCGAGGCUCUAGAGGGGAGUCCAGAGGAGCGAUGUUUGAGUCGGACCCUCUCUCUUCUAUCUCCAUGGACCAUGUCCAGUUCCGCCCACGUAUGCCCGGACAGCCAAUGAGCAGCUUCCUGAGCAGCUACAGCAGCCAAUCACAGCGGCCAGAGAUGACCUCUGACCUUUUCAGAUUGCGGGAGGAGGGCAGUGGGCGCGGCAGAAGGAGAGGUUUAGCAGUGUUCGGAGAGGAAGGGGUGAUGUCAUUCCACAAUGCCAGGAAAGAGAAGAGCCAGGAAACAGAAGAGUCGUUCCACAAUGCCAGCCCCACUCUAACAGGUAAGAGGAGGUAUAAGCGUCAUGAGGUGGAACAGAUCCACGGUGAGGUCAGGAGGAUGUGUUCUCUCAACAACGUGCUCAACAGUCAGAGGAGUUUUGAGCAUGUGCAGAAGAUCCUGCGUGUGAAGCGUCUCCAGCGCCAGGCCAAGACUGGCAACAACGUCGUCAAGAGGCGACCUGGUCGCCCCCGGAAACACCCUAUUGAUGAAUCUGAACCCAACAAUUAUGGGAGGGACGAAGGAAGGGGCUUCGGGAUGCCGGUGCUGGAGAGGUGUGUGGACCUACCGGGUAGGCGGAGCUUAAGACCAAGUCCCGUCCCCCAGCCUCUGGAGUUUUCCAAUCACGACUCUAUCUCAGUGGCCAUUGAGACAGUGGUGCACCGAGCACGCUCUCUGGCUCCCCCACCGGUCAGAGGAAGGAAAUGCAGGGGGAGGCGCAGGAGAGAGGAUGGAGGGGAUAUGGCCUUCCACUAGCCAAUCAGACGGCAGGACAGUUGCAGAUACAGAUUAGCUCUGGCCUAUCAGAGAGCUGGUGAGAGGAGCCAUCACUGGCCAAAUGCUGCGUUCAUAACCAAGUGGGAAGGUAGUAUUUACCACAUACGACUGGAAAAAAUCCACAUGAACGCCUCUCCAACUGGUAAUUACUAGUGGGAAACGGGACUAUCAUCCCUGAGCUCUGAUUUCAACCACAUGCUGACCUCUGACGUCACCUAAUAAGGAAAUGACCUCGAUAACAGCAUUUUCGGCAGAUAAAUGCAACAA